CAGGGUACAAUACGACAAUAACCAUACUGGUUAGUUGAGGGAGGGUUGGUAUCGUGUGUACCAGUAGGACGUUAGAUCUCAGCCCAAUUUCAUUUCGUUUAUCCUGUGGAUCAGUUCGAUGUUAAACCCUAUUUCAUAUCAUGUACCGUGUGUUUUAGUGGGACGUUAAACGCCAUUUACAGAGUGUACUAGUGAAGCGCCAUAAAUAGGCAACUGUAUAUAUGUAGAGAUCAAACGCUGGAUUCUAAACCUCUGUUAUGGGAUAUUGCGAAAUAAAUUAGUCGCGGAUUGUAGAAACAGUUUGUCGUCAAUGACCAUGGAGGAUAAACGUAACCGGUAUGUCUGUAGCAUAUGUCAAGAUCGUUUUACCAAACCCAAAAUUAUUUCGUGUUUUCACACAUUUUGUGAAGACUGUCUGGGGAGUCACAUCGAGGAAACUGCAGAGAAUUCUUGUUUUUUGUGCCCGGUUUGCCGAACAGAUAUUGUAGUUCCCAAAGGCGGCGUGGCGAAAUUCUCACCUAAUUUUUAUAUUGAAGAAGAGACGGAAGUUAAACCCCAGGAAAAGAGACGAAGUUGCACAGAACACGAAACAGAGGAAUUGGACUUCUAUUGUGAGACUUGUACCGAAAUCAUCUGUAUCAAGUGUUUGAUGUCGAAUCAUAAAGACCACAAGACCCCUCAGUUGAAAGACUGUGAAGAAGCCGUGAAGAUGGAGCUGACCAAACUACAAACAGAACUCGAGGAACAAUAUACCAAAAUUGAUAGGUAUGUAGCUUCCAUUGUUACCAAUGUAACUGUGAUGAGAGAAUCUAAAACUGAAACUUGUAAGAAGAUCGACGAACAGGUACAAAAGAUAUGUGAUGCUGUAACAGCACUAGGAAACGAAUCUAAGAAGGAAGUUGAGACAACGUGUGAUGAGGAGGAGCAAAAGAUGAAUAAAAUAAUAGAAAAGAUGAAAAACGCCACACAACAUAUGGAAGCCACCAUUGAACAUUUGAAACAUGUUUUGAAAAAAAACUCUGUAGGUGAAAACAUUAAAGUUCUUCCAGAAAUAAGAAGCGAAAAAGCAGAAAAAUGUUCAACCGACUUGGCAUGUCUGCCUCAUGUUGUGACAGAAUACAGGGCAAGUAUGGUCAACCUUGCCGGUCUAUCUGGCUAUCUUGGAGAGUUGUCCAUUUUACGUGGUCCAACAUUUCAACAUAAAUUCAGGUUGUCUAAACAUUCCAAAAGGCGGACAUUUGAAAGUACAGUAUACCGUGUUGAGGACCUGUCAUGGUUUCUACGAAUUGCCACCAGAGAAAACAGUGAUCUUGUGAAUAUAGGUGUAUAUUUAUACUUAGGAGAUCAACCAGCCCUUGAAUCGGUGACAACUCGCAUUAAACUAGAACUUCUUCGGGCCUCUGAUAGAAAACGGUUAGGUACUAAAGAAGAUACCAAAACGUUUACUGGAUUAAUAGACUGCUAUCGAUGGAAUGAUGUACCUACAAAGACAUUUAUUUUGAACACCUCUGUGCCUGUUGGUUUUGGUAGCACCCCAUUUACAAAUGCAACAGUCGGGGGACUUUGUGGUAGCAGUAAUCCUGUAUCAAAUGCAACUGCCGGGGGACGUUUUGGUAGCAGUGCUCCUGUAUCAAAAGCAACAGCCGGGGGACUUUUUGGUGGCAGUACUCCUGUAUCAAAAGCAACAGCCGGGGGACUUUUUGGUGGCAGUACUCCUGUAUCAAAAGCAACAGCCGGGGGACUUUUUGGUAUCAGUACUCCUGUAUCAAAAGCAACAGCCGGGGGACUUUUUGGUACCAGUACUCCUGUAUCAAAUGCACCAGCCGGGGAACUUUUUGGUGGCAGUACUCCUGUAUCAAAUGCAUCAGCCGGAUUACUUUUUGCUGGCAGUAAUCCUGUAUCAAAUACAACUGCCGGGGGACGUUUUGGUAGCAGUGCUCCUGUAUCAAUUGCAACAGCCAAAGGACUUUUUGCUUUUGGUAGCUGUACUCCAGUAUCAAAUGCAACAACCGGAUUACAUUUUAGUAACUGUACUCCUGUAUCAAAUGCAACUGCCGGGGGACAUUUAGGUAGCAGUACUCCUGUAUCAAAUGCAACCUUCGCGGGAAUGUUUGGUGGCAGUACACAUGUAUCAAAUUCAACAUUCGGGGGACGUUUUAGUGGCAGUACUCCUGUAUCAAAUUCAACAGCCGAGGUACGUUUCGGUGGUAGUACUCUUGUAUCAAAUUCAACAGUCGGGGGACGUGUUGUUGGCAGUUUUCCUGUAUCAAGGCAGAGUCCUUCAGAAGAUAAAUAUUUUCUAGUUCAGGCAAACGUUAUCAUCGAAAAUACAAAAACAAAAUAACAACAUUUUGUCCUAAACUGUUAACUAUAAAUGAGCCGCUGUAUUCGUAGUGUAUGUAUGAAUAUGUAACUCUUCCCUCAAAUUAAAGGAUUGGGUUGUUUUUCUUUAAAAAUUCAGCAAAUGUUAAUACAGCUUCUGGAUUCAAUAAUUAAAUUAGUAGACAUUGAUAAUUUUUUGUAUGGUCUAAAAUAAUACAUCUAAAAUAAUAUUAGUGAUGGCUACAAAUACAUUAUCCCGAUUUUAAAUAUUACAUUCAUUAUUUCAUUCAUUCUAAUCUAAAGCGUUCGACUUUCCGUGAAGUUGAGAAUCAUAAAUAAACCGUUUUAUUCGUAAUAUAUUUUUUUAUUCAUAAAUUAAUUACAAAGAGAAAUUUUGCCCGGACAGGGGAACUACAACCUACUCCUAUUUAGAACUCCAACUUUCAAGAGUUUUUUUUUUUAAAUGUACGCCAGCGUGUGCGCGGGAUCUCGACUUUUCAUGCCACCCGAAUGACCCCAGAUCCUCUGUCAUGCACGACUUGAAAACCUCAGUGAACUUUCUCUACCUAACAUGAAUCUUAGAUAUUGAUUCAUUAGGUAUAUAUAGUUCUUUAUACUAAUGUAUAUCAAAUAUUUGUAUUAAAGUUUAAUUAUUAAGAUAGAUAUUAAGCAAUCUGAACAACAGACCCAAAUCACCUGCAGAGACCAUUUAUUUUUCGAAGUUAGUUACGUACGAGUUAGUAAGCGGGGGAUAGCGUCUGGUUACAAAAAUGUAAUCGAAGCAAUACAAACAAUAACCUUAAUUCUUUAAUAAACCCAGUUCGACUUGAAAUAACUCUAGGUUUUAUAAGUUGAUUAGUUUUUAUUUUCGUCGCCUAAUAAUUCAUUAUGUAUAUGUAUAUUUUAUGCAUAUAAAUAUAAUGUGAAAUA